AAUCCGGGUUAACUGGAGUCUCCAACUCGGAGCCAGAGCUGUGGAACAGAAACUUGGAGGAUCUGUUUGUUUGUUUGUUUGUUUGUUUGUUUGAGGACUUUUUGUUGUUCCGCUUCAGUCUCUGUGGAGAUUUGCUGGAUGUGAUUAUGAAGCGGCGCAGAGUCACGCGGACAACCCGAGAAGAAGUGCGCACAGCGGAUGGAGCGGAGGCGCACGGACCAGUGGCGUGAGGCUGUGAACCACUGCGCACACUUCCAGUUUGCCCCCAUCUUUCUGAUCACAGGGUGAAGGAGCGCGCGCCUCAGGACAGGGAGAAAAAGGCGCGCUGGAGCCCAAACCGACACUUUUCUAAAACUUAUUUCCCGCGUUCUUUGAACUUUGCCCCCUCUGAUUCCCGACGUGGCUCCGAAGUGGUGUUGCGGUGCCUCGUCCCCGGCGGAUCCAGAGAUCGGAGUCUCCGCGCCGGGAGGAGGCGCUCCGGCCGCGCCGCGCGAGGCUCCGAAGCGCGGCCGCGUCAGGAGGAUGGUGCGCGUGGCGGCGGAGCUGCUGCUGCUGCUGGGCCUCCUGCUGCUCACCCUGCACAUCACGGUGCUGAGGAGCAGCCCGCUGCCGCGCGACAACGUCACGCUGAGCCUGGAGCAGGACGCAGCGCUUCCAGAGCACAAAACCCUAAGUGCAAGGAGUAGUUCUUCAGUGCAGCUGGCUGCUGAAAGUCGGAAGUCUGGUCCAGAGCACUGGUCGGCCCACCAGCCUGCGUCGCUGCCCUGGGCGCAAGACGGUAACAAAGAUGGCCCCGGAGCGUUCCUUCUAGAUCUGCAGAACUUCCCGGACCUCUCCAAAGCUGACAUCAACAGACAGAAUCCCAACAUCCAGGUGACCAUUGAAGUGGUGGAUGGAGUGGAGGGCCAUCAGCCUGAGAAUGGCCUCCGUAAAGAAACCAAGCCCAGCUGGGCCUCUCCUAACUGGAGAAACUGGUGGCCUCACACGUCUUCAUCCUCCUCCCAUCAAACAGAAGCGCACGAUCGCUCCUUCGGGAGCAAAACCCAGGAUAGCAACUUCCUCAGGCCACCGGCAGACUGGGACAGGAGGGGAAGCAAAGCUCAAACUGAAUAUGACUAUAUGGAUGGAGAGGGAGACUGGAGUAACUGGUCUUCAUGCAGUGUCACCUGUGGGAACGGCAACCAGAAGAGAACACGGUCUUGUGGCUACGCCUGUACAGCCACAGAGUCCCGAACAUGCGAUAUGCCCAACUGCCCAGGUAUAGAAGAUGCCUUCAGGACUGCAGCUACUGAAGUGAGCCUGUUAGCUGGGAAAAACGAGUUUAACGCCACAGAGCUCUUUGGUGUUGACACAGACAGCUGUGAGCGAUGGAUGAACUGCAAAAGUGACUUUUUGAAGAAAUACAUGGUCAAAGUGGUAAACGACCUUCCCAGCUGCCCUUGCUCUUACCCCACCGAGGUGGCGUACAGCACCGCAGACGUACACGAUGCCCCCACGCGCCGUAAUUUCCGCUGGAAGGACGCCAGCGGGCCUAAAGAGAAGCUGGAGAUCUAUAAGCCCACGGCCCGUUACUGCAUCCGCUCUAUGCUGACCUUCGAGUCGACCACGCUGGCCGCGCAGCACUGCUGCUACGACGACAGCAUGAAGCUCAUCACUCGCGGCAAGGGGGCCGGCACGCCCAACCUCAUCAGCAUUGAGUUCUCAGCUGACCUGCACUAUAAGGUGGACAUCCUGCCCUGGAUCGUCUGCAAAGGAGACUGGAGCCGCUACAACCAGGUCAGGCCACCGAACAACGGGCAGAAAUGUCCGGACAAUCCCCAGGAUGAGGAUUACUACAAACAGUUUGAAGAAGCGAGGGAGUUCUAGCCCGACGUGAGGUGAAAAGACAAAAAAAAAGUGCCUGAAUUGGCCAGAGACCCUUGCAAGCUCCUGUGAAAAACAUGCCUCUGAAAUUUUACAACAAAUUCUGCUGCAAAAAUGUAAUAAAGUCACAAAAGGGAU